AAAAACCUGUAAUUUCGGACCCCGGAGUACUCACCGAAGGUAAAAAGGUGACGAUAACAUGUAAUGAGCGGAGAGGCUGCCCCAACGCACUAAUUACAUGGGAGAAUCAGAUGGCAAUAUGGACUAAUUCAAAAGACCUGACAUUUGUCCCGACUCGGAGUCACCAUCAAACUUCAUUGACCUGUAAGAUGACCUUCCCAUCAUUCAAGAAUUCUACCCAAAAAGAAAUCACAUUAUCUGUUCAGUAUCCACCUUCCAUCAUUAUUACCACACCAGAAAUACAAAACCACACCAGCACUGACCGCAUCACAAAUCAGGAAGUGACAGUACAAGAAGGAAGCUCACUGGCUCUGAAAUGUUCGGUGGACAGUAACCCAGGAGCUCAGGUGACCUGGAUGAAGGGCGAGAAGAGUGUGCUCGUUAAGGGCAACGGGAAUGAGGUUAUGCUCUAUCUGAGAAAAAUACCAGCCAGUGGGGCAGAUAAAUAUCAUUGCUUGGCUGAAAAUAAUCUUGGGGCCAUGAAUCAAACCAUCAAUAUCAUUGUACAAUAUGUUAAUGACAAACCUGUAAUUUCGGACCCCGGAAUACUGACCGAAGGUAAAAAGGUGACGAUAACAUGUAAUGAACGGAGAGGCUACCCCAACGCACUAAUUACAUGGGAGAAUCACACGGGAAUAUGGACUAAUUCAAAAGACCUGACAUUUGUUCCGACUCGGAGUCACCAUCAAACUUCAUUGACCUGUAAGAUGACCUUCCCAUCAUUCAAGAAUUAUACCCAAAAUGAAAUCACAUUAUCUGUUCAGUAUCCACCUUCCAUCAUUAUUACCACACCAGAAAUACAAAACCACACCAGCACUGACCGCAUCACAAAUCAGGAAGUGACAGUACAAGAAGGAAGCUCACUGGCUCUGAAAUGUUUGGUGGACAGUAACCCAGGAGCUCAGGUGACCUGGAUGAAGGGCGAGAAGAGUGUGCUCGUUAAGGGCAACGGGAAUGAGGUUAUGCUCUAUCUGAGAAAAAUACCAGCCAGUGGGGCAGAUAAAUAUCAUUGCUUGGCUGAAAAUAAUCUUGGGGGCAUGAAUCAAACCAUCAAUAUCAUUGUACAAUAUGUUAAUGAAAAACCUGUAAUUUCGGACCCCGGAAUACUGACCGAAGGUAAAAAGGUGACAAUAACAUGUAAUGAACAGAGAGGCUACCCCAACGCACUAAUUACAUGGGAGAAUCAGACGGGAAUAUGGACUAAUUCAAAAGACCUGACAUUUGUCCCGACUCGGAGUCAUCAUCAAACUUCAUUGACCUGUAAGAUGACCUUCCCAUCAUUCAAGAAUUAUACCCAAAAUGAAAUCACAUUAUCUGUUCAGUAUCCACCUUCCAUCAUUAUUACCACACCAGAAAUACAAAACCACACCAGCACUGACCGCAUCACAAAUCAGGAAGUGACAGUACAAGAAGGAAGCUCACUGGCUCUGAAAUGUUUGGUAGACAGUAACCCAGUAGCUCAGGUGACCUGGAUGAAGGGCGAGAAGAAUGUGCUCGUUAAGGGCAACGGGAAUGAGGUUAUGCUCUAUCUGAGCAAAAUACCAGCCAGUGGGGCAGAUAAAUAUCAUUGCUUGGCUGAAAAUAAUCUUGGGGCGAUGAAUCAAACCAUCAAUAUCAUUGUACAAUAUGUUAAUGAAAAACCUGUAAUUUCGGACCCCGGAAUACUGACCGAAGGUAAAAAGGUGACAAUAACAUGUAAUGAACGGAGAGGCUCCCCCAACGCACUAAUUACAUGGGAGAAUCAGACGGCAAUAUGGACUAAUUCAACAGACUUGACAUUUGUCCCGACUCGGAGUCACCAUCAAACUUCAUUGACCUGUAAGAUGACCUUUCCAUCAUUCAAGAAUUAUACCCAAAAUGAAAUCACAUUAUCUGUUCAGUAUCCACCUUCCAUCAUUAUUACCACACCAGAAAUACAAAACCACACCAGCACUGACCGCAUCACAAAUCAGGAAGUGACAGUACAAGAAGGAAGCUCACUGGCUCUGAAAUGUUCGGUGGACAGUAACCCAGGAGCUCAGGUGACCUGGAUGAAGGGCGAGAAGAAUGUGCUCGUUAAGGGCAACGGGAAUGAGGUUAUGCUCUAUCUGAGCAAAAUACCAGCCAGUGGGGCAGAUAAAUAUCAUUGCUUGGCUGAAAAUAAUCUUGGGGCGAUGAAUCAAACCAUCAAUAUCAUUGUACAAUAUGUUAAUGAAAAACCUGUAAUUUCGGACCCCGGAAUACUGACUGAAGGUAAAAAGGUGACGAUAACAUGUAAUGAACGGAGAGGCUACGCCAACACACUAAUUACAUGGGAGAAUCACACGGGAAUAUGGACUAAUUCAAAAGACCUGACAUUUGUCCCGACUCGGAGUCACCAUCAAACUUCAUUGACCUGUAAGAUGACCUUCCCAUCCUUCAAGAAUUAUACCCAAAAUGAAAUCACAUUAUCUGUUCAGUAUCCACCUUCCAUCAUUAUUACCACACCAGAAAUACAAAACCACACCAGCACUGACCGCAUCACAAAUCAGGAAGUGACAGUACAAGAAGGAAGCUCAAUGGUUCUGAAAUGUUCGGUGGACAGUAACCCAGGAGCUCAGUUGACCUGGAUGAAGGGAGAGAAGAAUGUUCUUGUUAAGGGCAACGGGAAUGAGGUUAUGCUCUAUCUGAGCAAAAUACCAGCCAGUGGGGCAGAUAAAUAUCAUUGCUUGGCUGAAAAUAAUCUUGGGGCCAUGAAUCAAACCAUCAAUAUCAUUGUACAAUAUCCACCUUCCAUCAUUAUUACCACACCAGAGCUACAAAACCCCACCAGCACCAAUCAUACCACCAAUAUAGAAGUGACAGUUCAAGAAGGAAGCUCAUUGGCUCUGAGAUGUUCAGUGGACAGUAACCCAAGAGCUCAGGUGACCUGGAUGAAGGGAGGGGAGAACAUACUCAGCAAAGGCAAUGGGAGUGAACUAAUGCUCUAUUUGAAUGAUGUAACAGCCAGCAAGGCAGAUAAAUAUCACUGCUUGGCUCACAAUAAUCUUGGGGCCAUUAAUCAAACCAUCAAUAUCAUUGUGCAAUAUCCACCUUCCACCUUUUUUACCACACAAGAUUCCGAACCUUCAAACUCCAAUAUGAUUGCUUGGUUAACGGCCACCAUUGUCAUCAUCCUUCUUUCGAUUGGCCUGGGAAUCUUUGGUUUUGUAAGAAACAGAAAGAAAAGACAGUCUGUUCAUAUAAAUUCAGAACAUAAAUGGUCAAUGAAAAUGAUGGAGACCACAUGUAAGGUUGAUGAGGGACUAGACAACGUUUAUGCGAAUAUGUCAAUGUGAUCAUGAAGAAUACUUCGAAACACCCCUCUCCACAAAAAACAAAAAAUGGCUACACAGCAUACAUAUACCGUAUCAUAGCCAUAUUGUGUGAUGACAUUAUAUUUCAGUGACUUAUUCAUGGUUUAUCAGCAAUUUGUAUUUUUAUACAUGUCUUAUAUAUGGCUCAUUCUUAUAC